CCUACAUCCGCCGCAGCAGCUGACGAGGAAGAAAACCGGCGCAGAUUUUGAACUUUGAUGAAGAAUUUUCCCAGGCAGGUGUGGCUCUGCUGUUGCUGGUGUGGGAAUUCACAAUCUAGCCUCUGCUUUUAACAUUGGACGUUGUUACAUUACAUGUCAGCCGCACUACCACAGGAAAAAUAUUGUAAAGCUUGCCCAGCUGCAGUAAGACACGAUGGAGUCGUCUGUCGUGAACCUGUACAACCAGUUCCAGAGUCUGAGAGCCCAGGUGGACGGUCUGAAUGAGGGCAUUGAACCACAGUUCCUCCAAAUGGCAGUGAACUUUGAGGAGUGCCGUAAGAAGUGGCUGCGGGCAGGUGAGGAGCUGGUUUCCUGUAAAGAGGUGCUGGCUAAAGCAGAGACUGAGAGGGGAGCGCUGGAGGUAAAACUAAAGCAUGCUCGAAACCAGGUCGAUGUGGAGAUCCGCCGUCGGCAGAAGGCUGAGGCAGUCUAUGAGAAGCUGGAACGUCAGCUACAGCUGAUCCGGGAGCUGCUAAUAUCAGAGAACAACGGUGGCAGUGUCCACCUGAGUGAGGAGCAGCGCUCCGCCCUGGCCUUCCUCAAUGCGCACUCACAGGCAGCACAGGCUGCUAAAGGCAACCUCAACUCCAGUCGAAGGUUAAAUACCAUUGAUGAAUCAGCUUCUUUGCUGUCAGACAUCAGCUAUGACCAAACGGACGACUCACUGGACUGGGAUUCCUCUGCAAUGAAGACUGUGAGACUGCGGAAGCGGCAGAAACGACGUUCCUCCAGAAAACUCUCUGAGGUUCCCCCACAAGCAAUGAAGAAACCUCGCUCCACUGGACGCACAUCAGAUAGGAUGAAUGACUCCAUAGUAGCCAAAACCACCAUCACUGUGCCUGUGAAUGGUGGUACUGUCGAGGCGGUCUCCACCAUUGAAACUGUGCCUUACUGGACACGCAGCAGAAAGAGUGCAUGGGGUGAUACAACCACUACUGACCAAUCUGAGACUGCCAGUGAGGCUCCCAGCACACCAGUUUCAGAUUUACCAGCCCAACUCCGAACCCCCAAAGCUAAUAGAGGAGGAAAGAAGCACCAGUUCAUCCCCAAAACAGUGAUCAAGUCUGAGUUCUGUGUACCGUGUGGAAAAAGAACAAAGUUUGGCAAGAUGUACCUUCGCUGCCAGGAUUGUAGAGUCGUGGCCCACCCAGAGUGUCGUGACCGCUGUCCCCUGCCCUGUAAUCCCACAGCUGUUAGCACUCCCAUCAAGAACACAGAGACCACCUUGGCUGACUUUGCUCCAGUCACCUCCCCAAAGAUCCCAGCUUUGGUUAUCUACUGUAUUAAGGAGAUUGAACACAGAGGCCUACAUGAGGUUGGCCUGUACAGAGUCUCUGGCCACGAGAAGAUGGUGAAAGAGCUGAAGGAGAAGCUGAUUAGAGGAAAGACUCUGCCUCCACUUAACAAAGUAGAAGACAUCAAUGUCAUUACAGGUGUCCUCAAAGACUUCCUCAGAAAGCUUCCAGAGCCACUGCUCACCUUCCACCUCAACAAAGCCUUCAUGGAAGCCGCUGAAAUCCAGGACGAUGGCAACAGUCUCGCCAUGUUGUAUCAGACCAUCAGUGAGCUGCCUCAACCUAACCGAGAUACUCUGGCCUGCCUGAUGAUCCAUCUGCAGAAGGUCUCUCAGAGUGCGGAUGCCAAGAUGGAUGUGAAAAACCUGGCCAGGGUGUUUGGCCCUACUCUUGUGGGUCAUGCUGUUCCCGACCCUGACCCUAUGACCAUCCUGCAUGACACAAACAGACAACCAAAGGUUAUAGAGCGCUUGCUCUGUAUUCCAGCAAACUACUGGGGCCAGUUUGCUUAUCCACAUAAUAGAGGCAUGGACAAUGCUCACCACACUGAUACUCCAGACCACAAAGUGAGCAUAUUGGGGCCAGUGACAACUCCAGAGCACCAGAUGAUGGCCAAAACGCCUUCCUCCAGCUCGCUGUCCCAGCGCAUGAUGCACACCCUCUCCAGCACCACCAUAUUUGGGAGCAAAAGCAAAGCAACAGCUGCCUCUAACCGCCAGGGCAACUUCUUUGCUUCUCCACAGCUGAAAUAAUGGAAAAGGAGGAAAGAGUUCACCCAUAUUGUACUUCUGGGUUUCUUACUGCAAUAACUGAAUAUAUAUUCGCAUAAUCAUGUGGGAAAACUACUGUGCAAUGUUAGCAUGUAACAGUUUUAUUACUGAGUUGUUUUUUUAUUCAAGUAUUUUAUGCAAAACUUUCUAACCAGAUUUUUUUUCUUUGAAACGAUUCCUGUACAUGAGUGUUGAAGUUUGUUUUUAUAUCUUUGAUUACUAAUGAUUUAUUAUAGACCAAAACUGUGGUGACAUCUCUGUGAUUGUAAGAAGUUUGAAGGCUUCAAUGACCAAGCAACCAUUCGAAACCAAUUCAAGGCUCAUUAUCUUCUGCUUUGUGUUUUAAAACUUGGGUUUGAUGUUCAAAAGCUAUGCAUUCACUGGUGUUGGCUCAUCUUUGAAACUGUGGUUGUAACCACAGCGACAGGGGUGCUCGAGCACACGUGAACUACACAGCUGCAUUGAGCAAAGAGGAAAGAAGUUGUAUUAUUGGCCAGCGUCUUUCUCUUUUGGCUUUGGUUGCCUCGGCAUUGCCUUGAAACUGACAUCUUAUUUGUUUUCAUGAUUUAACAUUUAGUUUUAUAUUUAUGUUGAUUAUGUGCUAUGACGUAUACCAAUCAUGACAAUUUAUAUACUUUAACACUGCAAUGUAAACAGUGAUACUGAAUGAGAAUAAUGUUGCAUUUUGCACUGUAUCUAUGUAACAAUCUGAGUACACACCACCAGAGGCUGCUGUUGCACCACUGUUGAUGUGCAAGCCUUAACCAAUGAAGAUGACCUACUGAAUAUUACGCACACAACCAGUCCGUAUCACACUCAUUACAUUGAUAUAUCAACAGAUCAUUGGAAAUACUGUAAGUUAGUCCUGUGACCUAGGACAUUUUAGUCAAAUAUUUUCUCCCUCACAAGCCAGAUAUCUGACACACAUCGGUGUGGUCAUCGCAAAAUAAAAUCUGGCGCUUCUCCUCCAAUUUAUGAACGUGAAAACUGAUUUGCAUGCACACUUGCUGUUUUAAGUAUUUGUGUCCACAGUAGCUUUCUUGUACAUCACCAGUAAUGCACAAGUGACGCUUCCUCCUGAGGAAAUUUCUUCUCUCUCUCCUCUUCUGCUCUCACUGUCACCUUUAGCAGCUCCAAAUUUUAGCGUGAUGAUAUUAUUGGUUAUUUAGAGGAGAAAUGUUCAUGUUGACAAAAACUGAUUCACAGUAUUUACUAAACCAAAUCUAGCUAUAUUGUAUCUGCAAAUUAAGAGAUGUGCACAUUUUGAGGUUGUACCACUACAGUAAUACUACAUUAUGUUUUAUACAUUCUUGUACAUUUAUUCCAUUAUAUUGUUCUAUUUAUCUAACGAAAUAGUUAACUGAUGUAGUUCCUUUCACCAAAGAUUUUGUGGACUGAAUGUUAACGCUCAUUUCUUUGUAUUAGCUCUAAUAAGAUCACACAAAAGUCCAUGGUUGAGCUGAAAAUAAAACCUCAAAAGACUG